GAAACAUCCAUCAUUUUCUACUGUCUGGAAAAUUUUGUGAUUUUCGAUCUCGACAGUCCUACAACGAUUAUAAGCGACUAUUUAUACCUCGCUAAGGAUGCACAUCAACAAAUAUUUGCAUAGGUAAAUGUUAUGCAUAUCUCGUCCUUUGUGAUUUAUGCAGGCCUAUAAAUUUGAAGCAUUUGUGAGCCAAUGCAGUGCAAAUGGCGCCCUGUGAUGUUACAGUUAAAACGAUGUUUUCUUUCGAAAUCAAUGUUAUCAACGAGUGAUAUUACUUAAUUAGAGUAUGAUGAAGGGACUGAAAUAUGGUUCUUUAGUGUUUUGCUGUUUUCUCGCCCUUCUCUGGCUGUACGCCUUCCUUUCCAACACUUUCCCAUCGUCCGAAAACACACAUCUGUUAUCCAAGAACAAAAUACAAAAUUAGACGUCGGUCCAAAGGACUCUAUUGAGAAAUACCUUGACGCAAUUUUGGAAUAAUAAUAGUUAAAGCUGUAGCAUUGAAGAAUGAAAAUAAAAAGAUAUUUCCGAACAAGAGUUAUUCCUCUUUUUGGGAUAGGAUUGAUAUUCAUUUUGAUUGUGUGGAGGAACGUCCCUAGUUCAAAAAAAGUUCUAAAAAGGGAAAUCAAUGAAACAGUGAUUGGUCAAAUGUUUGGAAUUCAAACAUUUGAGGACAUAGCGUGCGUGAAAUUCCAAGGACGCCUGGGGAACUUAAUGAUGGAGUACGUGUUCCUCUACGUGAUAGCAAAAAUGAAACAUUUGUAUCCCGUUGUUCCAGAAAACUUUGAAUUGUUCCAAAUAUUUAACAUUGAAAAAACAACGCUCGCCGCCAUCGGAAAACCACCAGAUUCGUGUGCCAAGUUACCCGAAUACAAAGAGAGGUGGGGACUUUCUUAUGAUGAAAAGUUACUUGCUGUCCCACCCUACAUGAGCGUGAAAUUCGAUGGGUACUUUCAAUCAUGGAAGUAUUGGAUUAAGUACGAAAAUGAAAUUCGAAAACUUUUACGGUUUAAAAAUCCGAUUAGACAAAAGGCCUUCACCCAAAUGAGAGAUAUUAUAGAAAAAAUGAAGUUUGAAGUCAACAAGGAGAAUGUUAUUGUCAGCAUACACAUCAGACGGGGAGAUUACGCAACCGAGGGGCAUUAUGAGUAUGGAAAGCUGACACCCAAUGAAACUUAUUACGCAAACGCCAUGCAAUAUUUCAAAACAAGGCACAAAAACGUAUUAUUUGUUGUAGGAUCUAACGAUAUAGACUGGUCAAAAGAAGCAUUGGUCAAAGAGAAAAAUGUGUAUUUCUCGACAGGAAAUUCACCGGCAGAAGACAUUGCUUUGCUUUCUCUAGCUAAUCAUACAAUAAUGUCCGUCGGUAAUUUUGGUUGGUGGAUCGGAUGGAUGGCACAGGGAACUAGUGUAUUCUAUAAGAACAUUUUCAGACCUCAAUCAAAUUUUUCUUUAGAAUUCCGAAAUAAUUCUAUUGAUGAUUUUAUCUAUCCUGGGUGGAUUCCAGUGGAAUAAAAGUUUCAAUUCCCUUAUGAUAAGUGUGUUGAAUUAUUAUCUGCGGACACUAUGAUUAUAAUUUUUUGUCUUGUUUUAUAAGCUAAUAAGAAAGCUGAAAGUUCUCAUAAAUUAAAUAAAUUCUCUGAAAAUUAACAGAAAUAAAUAAAUCGUUCAAAUCAUUUUCAUGUAUGUUAGAAUGGAGAUACUUGACUUAUAAACUUUG